UCAGCUGGUUUCUAGUUGCCAAACAUUUAUCCGUCCGGUUCGUGGGUUGUUCAUAUUGAUGUGGCGGUUAUGGACGGUUCGCGGAAUAUUUGCAGAUCUUGCCUAACGGAGGAGAAGGCACUGCUUUCAAUGGACUCCACAGUCGAUGACACGGUACUAGUGGUCGAUUGCUUUAAAAUCCACUUGAAUAUAAAUAUCUCAGAAAACGACGGGUUGCCUUAUCGAAUUUGCCUUGACUGCUUGGACCAGAUGCUUCAGAUCAGGAAGUUUCAUCUGCAGUUCUUAGAGUCCGAAAAGUUCCUUUUGCAGCAGUAUAAAAACUCAAAAGAUGAGGUCCCAAUUUACGAGACGACGGGAUAUUCAUUGCCUACAAGUUCGAUGGUUUGCACUCUCGACUUUGAGACAAGUUCUAUCAAGGAAUCCAGAGUUGAUUAUGGGGCACAUUUGGCUUCUAGAAUUGAAUCAGGGAAACCGGAUCCGGAGUCCACAGAGCAAACAAAAAUAGAAGUUUUGGAUAACGAUUGUUCAUUAAAUUUAAGCAGCACAUAUUCGACAGAGAGUUAUGAAGUUUUUCUGGAUAAUGAAAAGAAGAACGGUAAAACGAACGGGGCAAAUGACGAACGCAGACUGUUGCAUCGAAAGAAAUAUCGAAGGUUAAUAUAUUGUCUUCAAUGUCAUGAGCAAUUUAAAACGAAGAAUGAACUGCGUACCCAUUUCAAUUCAGAACAUGGUAAAGAUAACGCGCGAGGAUUCUGCAACCAAUGCUCUACAACGUUUCCCACAAGAGGUAAAUUAAUGGCACAUUUGCAUAGUCACCCUGAACCUAAGCCAAGCUACAGGUGCUCUUACUGUGAUAAACAUUUCAAACAGAAGCACAUUCUCGAAUAUCAUGAACGAACCCACACUGGUGGAAAACCCCACUUAUGUUCAAUAUGCGGACGAGGAUUCAGUCAGAGUUCAAUCUUAUAUACGCAUAUGAGCCUUCACACUGGAAAAACUGUGAAUUGUCCGAGAUGUGAUAAGAAAUUUAGUCGUAAAUCAUUCCUUAAAAUCCAUUUGAGAUCACACGAUGAUAUCCGUCCGUAUGCCUGCCAUUUAUGCGAGAAGAACUACAGAAUAAAAAGUCAUCUAGAUUCACAUAUACUAACGCAUUCGGAUGUACGAAAUUUUGUUUGUGAUAUCUGGGACAAGCUUUUAGAGAGAAGUCUGCGCUUCGUCGUCACAUUCAGGUUCAUACAAGACCCUAUAAAUGCCCUAAAUGUCCACUGGAAGGGGGACAUUUACAUAGUUUUCGGAUUCAUCUGGCAAAAGCGCACAAUAUACACGACGAUCCAAAGUUAUUUAUGAAACCGACAGUCGAGAAAAAUAUUUCUGAAGCUUUGAAUUAAGUACAAAUUUACAUUUUGGUUAAUAUUAUAAAUUUUCGCAAAUAUAAUUCAUAUUUAUUCUAACAAAUCUAGUU